UUUCGUCGACGUCAUUUAUAUAGUAUAGUAAUAUAGUGUACCCAGUACUAUUACUAUAGUAGUGUACAGACGUACACCUUAUUGUGUCCGACUCUCUACCACAACAAUUCGACGUUUUCCUAAACUCUUUUUGUUCGCGUCUAAAAUAUUAAAGGACACAGGCUCGUGACACGAGGAACGAUAAUAAUAACAAUCAAUAACAUACUUGCAACUCUAUCUAAUAGCGCGGUUAUAAUUUUUCGUCAAUCGUUUUUGAUUUCGUGUUUUUGUUAUUUUGUUGUGAGCUUAUCCGAUCGGAGCUUCAACCGGGCUGUUAGGACACGCAGCGUGUCGUUGGCGCAUCAUAAUAGAUCAUAAUUAAUAAUUAACGAUGGACGAAGAGUACGACUGCAUCGUGCUGGGCACCGGUCUUAAGGAAUGCAUCCUGUCCGGUAUGCUGUCGGUUUCGGGAAAGAAAGUGUUGCACGUCGAUCGCAACAAGUACUACGGCGGUGAGUCCGCAUCGAUCACGCCGCUGCAGGAACUGUUCCAGAAGUUCGGCGUGAAGGAACCCGACGAGAAGGAGCACGGGCGCGGCCGUGACUGGAAUGUCGACCUGGUGCCCAAGUUCCUCAUGGCCAACGGUCUGCUGGUCAAGUUGCUCAUACACACGGGCGUGACGCGCUACUUGGAAUUCAAGUCGGUUGAGGGUAGCUAUGUGUACAAGGGCGGCAAAAUUUACAAGGUGCCAGUCGACCAGAAGGAAGCGCUGUCGUCGGAUCUGAUGGGAAUAUUUGAGAAAAGGCGGUUCAGAAAUUUCCUGAUAUUCGUGCAAGACUUCCAGGAAAACGACCCCAAGACAUGGAAGGAUGUUGACCCGCAGCGCAUGUCCGCCUAUCAGCUGUACACCAAGUUUGGUUUGGACAAGAACACUCAGGACUUUACCGGCCAUGCUCUGGCUCUCUAUCUUAAUGAUGACUAUGUCAACGAACCCGCUGCCAAUUUAAUCAGACGCAUUAAGUUGUACAGUGAUUCUCUAGCUCGUUAUGGAAAAAGUCCGUAUCUGUAUCCUUUGUACGGGCUCGGAGAACUACCUCAAGGUUUUGCUCGUCUUAGUGCUAUUUAUGGUGGUACUUACAUGUUGAAUACUCCCGUUGAUGAAAUCGUUUUUGAAGGAUCGAGUGUUGUGGGCAUUAAGAGUGGUGGCGUUGUCGCUAAGUGUAAACAAGUAUUCUGUGAUCCGUCUUACAUAAAAGAAAGAGUAAAAAAAACAGGUCAAGUAAUCCGUUGCAUAUGCUUAUUAAAUCAUCCUAUACCAAACACCCGUGACGCGCUUUCUACUCAGAUUAUUAUUCCACAGAACCAGGUCAACCGUAAGUCUGACAUCUAUGUUUCGUUAGUAAGCAACACCCAUCAAGUGUCUGCACAAGGAUGGUUUAUUGCUAUGGUUUCUUCCAAAGUUGAAACUAGUAACCCAGAAUUGGAGAUCAAACCUGGUUUGGAUUUGUUGGGAUCAAUCAAACAGAAAUUUGUAUCCAUUUCUGAUUAUUAUGAGCCUAUUGACGAUGGAAAGGAUAGCAAGUUAUUUAUUUCAAAGUCGUACGAUGCUACAUCACAUUUUGAGACAACAUGCUUGGAUGUUUUGGAUAUUUACAAACGAGCCACUGGAGAAGAAUUUGAUUUUUCAAAAAUUAAACUAGAAAGUGAAGAUGUCUAAUAAUUUACAAAAAUGCAUUUUUAUUAUAUAUUAUUAUAUCUCAAUGAGAAAUUGUUUCUAUUUCAUAUUAUCUCUUAAUCAGUUUAUUGCCAAAUAUUGAUCUAAAUCUUUUUUGAGAAUUGAAAAUAUCAUUGCUGUCAAAUUAUGAAAAUUUUUCCAAUGGAUGAAGUAGGUGCCUAAAGUUAAGAAUAUUAUUGUAGAAAUAUCUUAUUAAUUUAAAACAACGUUCAUCAACAACCCUUUAGAUAAUCAUAAAAAUAUUUAACAUAAUAUAUGAAUAUUAUACAACUUUUUGUAAUUAUUAUUUUAUUUCUAUUAUUUUAUUCUUUUUGUAAAAAAAUGUUUAUUAUAAGUUGUACCUGUUUUUUUUUUUUAAGUCAUUUUUAUUGGCAUUAUCGCGUAAUUAUGUUAAUGGGCGAUUUUCUUUAUGUAUGAAAAAUUUCGUGGUGUCAAUAUAAAAUUUUAAUAAACCUACAAAAAAUAUAGUUU